AACACAGUUUCAUAAUAACCAAUUCCGAAUAACAAAAGAAUGGCGCAUUUUUCUGUAGUUUCACUCACCCAAGUUGUUUUGUUGUUUGUUUUGAUUUGUUGGACGUCGAGUUCGACUGGCGCUGCCUUUUCCUUGGAGGAAGAAUUCCUACAAUUAAAGAUUCAAAUGACACAAGUCGUGAAAAGUUUGGAGGUCAAAGUUGAAAAACUGAAGAGUUUGGAAUCGACAGCAAUUGAACUGCAGGCCAAAGUGACACAACUGGAGUCGCAAGGCGAACUAAAUAAUGAACUAAGACAAGAUUUGGCAUUGAAAGUAAUUCAAUUAGAGGCCAAAAAUGUCCAAUUGGAAGUCAAAAUAGGAAAACUGGAGGCCAAAGUUGAACAACAAGAUUCGCUUUUUAAAACUUGUUUUUCACGAGAAAAAAAUGAACGCACAGCAGCAGCAACCGACUCUGUUUCAAUUAGCAACAAUCCAUCGGCUGUUGUUUCCAUUAACGGACUGCCGUCUUCGUGCGCGGAUCUCAAAAGCAUUGGCCACAUCUGGAGCGGAUUUUAUUCCGUCAUGGGAUCGGCGAUGAUGGAAUCCGUUUACUGCGAUUUCACUAAACUCCCUGACGAUGCGGGUUUCCAAAAAUGGAUUGGAUACGUCGACGUCAAAUCGGCGCCCGUCCAUUUCUUCGUCCAGAGAAGUUCUCCAUUUAACAAAACAUACACUCGAAUUCCGUUCGAUGUGGAGGUGGUAAACGAGGGAAACGCCAUGGAUUUGACGUCGGGGAUCUUCACGGCACCGCGACCGGGAAUUUAUUUGUUAUCUUUCACGGGACUGGCGCGUCUUGAAUCUUCAUCUGAUGUUCAGUUUAAUUCUCAUCUUUAUUUGAACGGGGAAAUAAUCGGGUCGAGUUAUGUUCAUGAGAAUAACGCCCCCGUUGCUCAAUCAAGUCCGUUGACCCUCCAGUCGACGCUGAACUUGAAAAAAGGAGAUCAAGUCUGGGCGGCGAUUUAUUAUUCUUCUGAUUCAUCCUCGUAUUUGGUUGACUUCAGCAAUGUCCACUACACCCAUUUCACGGGUUUCAUGUUGGAGGAGGAAAUUGCCGCGUCACUUUGAAGUUUGCGGUUCAACAUCCAAAAUUCGCAAAAUCAUCGACGACACGAAAUUUUGGGGAAGGGAAUUUUAAGGGGGAAGGGACGAUAAUUCAUUCGACUCUAAUUCAUUAAGGGAUGGGAAUUAAUUUACCAAAAUUUGACUGUGAAUGUUAUUACACUUACUGAAUACAUAAACCAAAUUUCAAAA